AUGUUUUGUACUAGGUACAAGAAUAAUAGUAAUUUUGGAAAUGCCCUUAAAAGUAUCUCUACCUUUCUUAUCAAAACAAGUUCUGGUAUUUUACAUCGUCAUAUUGGCACUUCAGCAAGUUGUUAUUCAGAUAAAAUAGGUAGAGAUGUCAUUGGAAUCGAUUUAGGAACAACAAACUCAUGUGUAGCAAUAAUGGAAGGAAGUUCUCCCAAAGUCUUGGAAAAUUCCGAAGGGAUGAGGACAACACCAUCAGUUGUAGCUUUUACUGAGGAUGGACAACGUCUUAUUGGCAUUGUUGCAAAGAGACAAGCAGUUACAAAUGCAGAAAAUACUGUAUUUGCUACAAAGCGCUUAAUCGGACGUCGUUUUGACGAAGAUGCAACUAAAAAAGAGCAGAACAUACUACCUUAUAAAAUUGUCAAGGCACCAAAUGGAGAUGCAUGGGUAGAGUCACAUGGUAAACAAUAUAGUCCAAGCCAAAUUGGUGCCUUUGUGUUGGAGAAAAUGAAACAAACAGCAGAAGCAUACUUAGGACGUACAGUAAAACAAGCAGUAAUAACUGUACCUGCUUACUUUAAUGAUUCUCAACGACAAGCAACGAAGGAUGCUGGUAAAAUAGCAGGAUUAGAUGUCUUAAGGAUUAUAAAUGAGCCAACUGCUGCAGCUUUGGCUUUUGGAAUGGACAAGGUUGAUGGCAAGACAGUUGCAGUUUAUGAUUUAGGCGGUGGGACCUUUGAUAUUUCUAUUUUGGAGAUAUUAGGAGGAGUCUUUGAGGUGAAAGCAACUAAUGGAAAUACUUCUUUAGGUGGGGAGGACUUUGAUCAAAGAGUGCUGACAUUUUUAGUGCAAGAAUUUAAGAAGAAUCAAGGAAUUGACUUAAGUAAGGAUCGACUUGCAUUACAACGUCUUAGAGAAGCAGCUGAGACUGCCAAAAUUGAAUUAAGUUCGAAAAGCCAGACAGAAGUUAAUUUGCCUUUUAUUUCUGCUGAUUCAGCAGGCCCAAAACAUUUACAUGUAAAGAUAACAAGAGCGAAACUCGAAGAUCUAGUACAUGACCUUUUAUCUAAAACAGUUGUUCCAAGUGAACAAUGUAUUAGAGACUCUGGAGUCUCAAAGAAAGAUAUUAGUGAUGUAAUAUUGGUUGGUGGAAUGACUAGAAUGCCAAAGGUAACGGAAAUAGUGCGUUCAAUAUUUGGACGUGAACCCUCCAAAGGUAUUAAUCCCGAUGAAGCAGUUGCAAUGGGGGCAGCUAUCCAAGCUGCAGUUUUGAAAGGUGAAAUAAAGGAUUUACUUUUACUGGAUGUGACACCUCUAUCACUGGGAAUUGAAACUCUUGGUGGGGUAUUUACCCGAUUGAUUAACCGAAAUACUACUAUUCCAACAAAGAAAAGUCAGGUGUUUUCUACUGCUGCUGACAAUCAAACUCAAGUAGGUAUAAAUGUAUUUCAAGGAGAGAGAGAGAUAGCAAUGGAUAACAAACUGUUGGGUCAAUUCGAUUUAAUAGGUAUCCCCCCAGCUCCAAGAGGUGUCCCUCAAAUAGAGGUGACAUUUGAUAUAGAUGCUAAUGGUAUUAUGAAUGUAAGCGCAGUAGAUAAAUCAACUGGUAAGAAACAUGAAAUAACUAUUCAGUCAUCUGGAGGUCUUAGCCCUCAAGAUAUAGAAAAAAUGAUAAGAGAAGCAGAGGAGUACCGCUCAAGUGACAAAACAAAAAAGGAAAUUAUAGAUGCACGGAAUGAUGCAGAAACCUUAAUAUAUUCUGUUGAAAAACAAAUUACAGAUCUCUCAGAUAAGCUAUCACCAAGUGAUAAGGAAGAGUUACAGUGUAAAAUUGAAAAAGUGAAGAGUACUUUUUCUUCACUAGAGCCUGAAGAAAUUAGGAGUGAAACAAGACAACUACAAGAGGUAUCAUGGAAAAUCUCACAGAAAGCUUAUGGAUCAGCAUAUUCAAAUAAUACAACAGAUUCCCCUUCAGGUUCAUCCGAAGGCUCAAUUUAA